AUGUUUGAAUUCUUUUUUAAUCCAUCAAAGGCACCCCAGCCUGUACCGACCGACAAGAUUGUCCCGGUUGGCUUCUUUGAUGACACCAUUAUCUUUAGGACGUUUGUGCUAUAUACCUUAUUCGUUUUCGACGAUGUACUGGACCCUCAGAGCUUACGCACCUCUCUGGAGCGUGUAGUAAGCCGCCCUGGCUGGAACAAGCUAGGUGCUCGACUGAGAAGAAAUGAUCGUGGACAACUUGAGCAUCAUAUCCCAGCCAGCUUUUCUCCAGAUCGUCCGGCUGUGGGAUUUGAACAUGUGGAUCAUGGCGCCUUGGCUGUGGAAGACCACCCCGCGGGAUCGUGUAUUCCGCAUGCUCCCCACCGUCCUCAGCUUGGUCUGCGCGUUGUCUCGUUCAAGAAUUCGACAAUAGUCGUCCUCCAUUGGAUACACCUUAGUUUUGACGCCAUGGCAAAAAAAUCUCUCCUCAAUGCGUGGAUGCUCAUGCUUCAGGGUAGAGAAGACGAGAUCCCAGAGCCACUGGCUCCCGACGACUAUAUUUUGGAGCACUGUGGCAAGAAGCCUACAGAGCCCCAUGUCCUUGCGGAAUACCACAUGUCCAAGCCUGGUCUCGUCUGGUGGGUGCUUCAGAAUUGCUACAACCUGGUGGUAAAGAAGCAAGAGCAUCGUAUGGUCUGCGUGCCCGCUGCUUAUAUCACGAAAUUGAGAGAAAAGGCUCUCGCGGAACUUGCUGCUCAAGCCCCUAGCGAGAAAUGGGAGGCUCCAUUCCUGAGCGAAGGAGAUAUUCUACUGGCUUGGACAACUCGCUUAGCAAUUGCUAAUCUUCCGGAGAAUUCGGAAACACCUAUUGCUGUACAACAAGCAUAUCAAUGGCGGCCGAUUUUGAAGGACCUGAUACCUGACAAGCGACCAUUCCUAAGCAACUGCGUUGGGUUUCUCGUUACUCUAGUGUCAGCUAAAGAUGUGCUUCAGAAGCCGCUUAGCUAUCUAGCAUCCCAGAUCCGCCGCUCGAUUAAGGAGCAAGGCUCUCGCGAACAAGUCGAGGCGUACACAUCGUUGAUCCGACUUGAUCCAGCCAACAGGGCGCCUCCAUUUUUUGGCAGCACAUCGAUGCAGUUACUUAUGUUUUCUAAUUGGCAAAAAGCCGACAUGUACGCGACCGAUCUGUCAGCCGCAGCUGUUACACCACGGCGCACGCCGCUCACACCAUCCUACGUCCAGAGCGUGCAGGGUCCAUAUAACUUCUCAGAUGGAAUUAUUGUCGUGGGCAAAGAUCUUGAAGGGAACUGGUGGUUCCUCAUUCACUGA